AUGUUCUUCACGGGGACUCUUCAGGAAGGCAUCUCCACUGCCGUCCAGCAGGGCAAACUGGUAGUAUGUUUUGUCACAGACAACAAUGAGGAGAGCCAGAAGUGGGAAAAUGAAUAUCUGAAGGAAGACGCAGUCUCCUCAGCCUUGGCGAAGGAAGGUGUCACCCUCCGUCUAGAAGCUGGCUCACAGGAAGCCUCGUACCUCGCAGCCAUCUUCCCGCUCCCCAAGACACCGACCCUUGUUAUUAUCAAGAAUGGCGAGCUCAAGGAGUACAUCGCGGCCGGGGUGUCGAGGGAAGACUUCAUGGCGAGGGUCAGCAAGGUUCUGCAGAUCACUCAGGAAAUACCGGCCGCCUCAGCUGCGAGCACAUCUGCACAGACCCCGGCAGCUCAAGCACCCCCAGCCGACGUCUCUGAUGUAGGAGAGAGCAGUUCCGGUGUUGAAGGUACGGAUACACCUACGUCAAUCGCAGAGGAGCAACAGGCUGAGGCCGAGCGGGUGGCACGCCUCGCAGCGCAGCAGCGCAACCUGGCCCUGGAAGGGGAGAGGAGACGGCAAGCUGCAGAAAAGGCAAGGAAAGAAGCCGAUGAAGCCGAGAGACAGCGCAAGGCGAAAGGAAAGCAACCGGCUAUUGAGACUGAUGAGGGCGAGAGUAAGAAAAAGCAACCGUCAGACGCGGUGAACAAGGCUUCCCAGCAUUACAUGGACAAGCAACGGCAGGUGCGGGAGGAGCGGCAACGCGUUCUGAAGAUGAUCGAGGAUGACAAAGCUGCUCGUAAGGCACGGGAAUUGGAGAGGAGGGCCGAGAGAGAUGCGGACAGGGCUGCGAUGGGGAGCUUGCACGAGGGUGUCCAGACUGCGGCUCCAGCAAGCAGCCUACGACCAGGGCGAAAGAGUGAUCGAUGUAGUCUGCAGGUGCGGCUCUUUGACGGGUCUACUAUCCGUACGCAAAUGCCAGCAAACAACAGCCUCAGGGGUGAUGUGCGUAAAUGGGUUGAUGAGACUCGUCAGGACGGACGCGAUCCCUACACUUUCAAAGUGGUGCUCACGCCGCUGCCAAACAGAGCCAUUGAUGCUACGGAGGAGGAGAAGAGCCUCGAAGACUUGGACUUGACACCUUCAGCGACUCUGAUUCUUGUCCCUGUCGACAAGUUCUCAGUCGCCUACGCUGAGGCCAAUAGCAAUCCGGUGAUGAGACUGUUUGCGCCUAUCAUUGCUUUCUUCUCAUGGAUUGUUAACCUCUUCACCACAUUCUUUUCGACACUCUUCUCAACUGCCGGCCCCCCGGAGCCGACGACCGGCAACCAGGCACCACAACAAGACGAUGCUCCUCGCGGUGGUCGUCGCAUUCAAGGCUUUCAGAACCCCAACGACAGGCAGCGAGAUCAACAGCUAUAUAACGGCAACUCACUUAAUUUCGAGCCAAGGAAGGACGAUGAUGACGACCAGCAGUAA